AUAUGUUACCUCAAAUAUUCAGGAUGUUCCUUUAAAACAAAACGCAUAUGGAAUUAUGAUCAUGUGCAUGACGUCAGGGGGGUGAUUAAAUAUUUAUAGCUGGUAGCCUAAGUGCAUAUAUCCUCACAACUUCUUUGUGAAAGGAAAAGCGGUGGGCUGAGCAUCGAAAUCCCCUCGGAGGCGAGCAGAAUAAUCACACUGGUGGGACACAGGACGCAUUGGACUUUUUUUUCCCUCCUCACUAUCGACACACAACAAGGAGAAGCAGGAUAAAGAUGGGCGUCAAAUUCCCAUGGGAUUCGUUUUAAGACAGUUAUUGAUCCAAAUGACUCACUUCAAACUACUUAAGAAAAACUUGUUUAAAAAGGAGGACUGACCCAUUUCUUCCCUUGGCAGCGGCUGUAAUCAUAUUCUGCUCCAAGUUUUCUGGCACAGUUCAGCAGCCUAUGAAAAGGAAUAAUGCGACUUACGCGAGGUUGAUGCCUCCGAGAAGCCACCCCUAUCCUCAUGUGCCCGUCUGUCUGACUUUAGAACCUGUUAUUGCCAGACUCCGACCGCAGACAAAGAGAGGAGGAAGACUCCGAUGGAAAAUCAUGCAGCACUUUGAACCCAUGGAGACAUGGCACAUAGGUUCCUCUCACCUACUAAUAGAUUCAGCGCCAGAUUCGCCUUCAUAUUCACUGUGUCACUGUCCUGCACCUACUUAUGCUACAGUAUUAUUUUCUGUCGCAGCACAAUCAUGACAAACCAGGGUUACGAGGGGAAAAGAUGCCCGCCGACCAAGAACGCGGGAGGGAAGAAACUUCUUGGAAAAUUAGACAAUUGCGCUUCGCUGGAAGUGAGGUCCGCUCUGGAUGAGUCUGCUGCCCAGCGGGGCUCAAGUGAUCUCCGCGACCAAAGUAAAGCCCCUGCUUCGUCUGGAAGUCACUGGGCUGACAUGAAGUUGAGAAACAUGAGCGUUGCGCAAAAAUAUGGGAAUAAGAAGUUGCCUAAUGCGCUGAUAGUCGGUGUAAAGAAAGGAGGCACCAGGGCGGUGCUGGAGUUCAUCCGGAUACAUCCAGAUGUGCGCGCACUUGGAACAGAGCCGCACUUUUUCGACAGAAACUAUGACAGAGGACUUGACUGGUACAGGGGACUAAUGCCACGUACACUAGACAGCCAGAUCACAUUAGAGAAGACACCCAGCUACUUUGUCACCAGAGAGGCACCCAGACGCAUCUCCAGCAUGUCCCAUGAGACCAAACUGAUCGUUGUGGUGCGUAACCCAGUCACAAGAGCCAUCUCUGACUACACACAGACUCUUUCAAAGAAGCCAGACAUCCCUACGUUUGAAGAGCUGGCCUUUAAGAACAGAAGCCAGGGUAUCGUGGACACUUCCUGGAACGCCAUACGGAUCGGGAUGUACAUUCUGCACCUGGAGAACUGGCUGCAGUACUUUCGCCUGUCGCAGAUGCACUUUGUGAGCGGGGAGCGGCUGAUCACAGAUCCGGCAGGGGAAAUGGGCCGUGUUCAGGACUUUCUAGGACUGAAACGAAUAAUCACGGACAAGCACUUCUACUUUAAUCGAACCAAAGGCUUCCCCUGUCUGAAGAAGCCAGAGAGCAGCAGCCAGCCACGCUGCCUGGGCAAAUCCAAGGGCAGGACUCACGUACAGAUCGAACAGGAGGUCAUAGAGCAGCUGCAGGAGUUUUAUAGGCCAUUUAAUAUCAAAUUCUUUGAAACUGUGGGGCAAGACUUCAAGUGGGAUUGAGAGUGCCAUACAGAAACAGUGCUGUUUUUUAAAAUGGCUACCUCUGGAGAGAAGUAUAAAUGAGGGUAUCUUCAACAAAGGUUUAUUGAGCUAUGUAUACACCGACAAAAUAAGACAGGAAAAUAUACUACUCAUUAAAAUAUAAUCAUAUCAAUGGUUUCACAUCAUGUUCGGUUUUAGGUUGGGUCAUUCUGAUAAGUGCCAUUUCUUUAAAGAUAUAUAUACAAAACUAAGUUUCUUUACCAUAAACAUGACAUAUGAAUUCAUCAACAGCCAACAAGCAUUUAUACAUUAACCAAGUCAUUACCCAGCAUCAUUACAAUGCUGUUCUGUCAUUUAGCCAAACCAGACCUACAUUUAAGGAGCUGUACAUAACAUUCAAAGCUAUAAUUCAGAGUCUGAUUCAGGCUGUCUGCACACGCCUCUCUACAUAGAAAAGGCUGAACAAAUGGUGAGCAACUAACAGUGCUAACUCCAGAAACAAAGCUACUAACAACAGUGCUGACAAAGCUAACAUUAGCCCCUUUUCCACCGCAGGAACUUUUCUCAUUUACCCGGGAUUUUGAAAAACCUUUGUGCGUUUCCACUGAAAUUACCCAGGUAAAAAAACUUUCCCUCAACCCCAAACUUACCCUGGAAAAAGUACCUAGUAGGGGGGUAGGACUUUUCAGAUUACCUGGAAUUCUUGAGGGGCGGGGCUGUGUGCUUCCUGGCAUGGGCAGCCGCUGCAAACUUUAUUUCAUUUCUACAAGCUUCACUUCAUUUCUGUUUUGAUUAAGGAUGGGUACCGAAACCCGGUACUAAAUUAGCACUGGGGCUAAAUUAUCAAAGACCGUAGUAUUGAUAUGCUCUAACGGUAUCGGUUCUUUUGUGCUGGCGCUGAACUCCUCCACAUACACACACCGACACGACACGGUAAACAGCCAAGCGGCCCGUGGUGGACACGAAGUGAAUCACUCGAGUUGACGGCAGCUACACUCAUUACUGUAAGUGACAUUGAGCCUUAGCGAGUAAGAAGCCAAUACUUUAUCAAUACAUGUGUUCAGCAAGGACAGCACGCUAGUUCAGCUAAUAGUAAAUUGUUAAUAAGCUGAAAUGACAGCUGUCUGUAUGUAGACUAACUUAGUAUGACACUUAUCUUAAAAUACUUUUAAACUUCACUGCUGGCGGAGCCAAAUACAGGGCACAUGCCGAAUCAUCUGCAUCAUCACGCUAAUUUGAAUAAAUUUUCAGGAACUUUGAGGUGCAGUGGAAACGCAAACCACACAGAUUACCAGGAAUUCUUUUACCCAGGUGAAUAAAUUCCUGGUAAUAAAAGUUCCUGGGAACAUUGGUGGAAAAGGGGCUAUCGUUAACCUUGGAAGGAACCAGAGGGUCGAUGCUACACUUCCGCAAUGAUGCCAUGGGUCACGAUAGGUUUAUCAGCAGUAACUGUUGUAUGAGCACAGUACAGAGUGGCAGCAAUUAGCUAGCCAAUGGGAUACAAACACAUAGACGGAGCAUUACUUCCGUUCUCUGCUCAGGACGCCAUAACUCCACUCUCUCUUUACACUGCAAAUAGUUGUUUGCUGCUAUGUUAUUGCUCUGAAUGUUGUAUACAGCUCCCUUACUGACGUUAAUGACUUAAAUAUUCAUUCCGCUCAAAAUGAACCACCGGCUUCACUGUUAAAAUGAGCUCUCAACAUAAAGUUGCAGCGAAAUGUCAAAUGAAUAAUAAAAUCAGCCUGACGAUUACUCUGCAAUGAAAUUUAUCUCCUUAUUGUUCACAGAAGCUCAUAUGCAACGGUGACAAAUUUACUGAAUAAAUGUACUGUAACUGAAAAGAAAAAAUAACAGCUAUAUUAAAACAGAUGCUAUAAUACUGAUUAAGGUUUAUCGUUCGUUGAACU